AUGUUGGACGAGCUGGACAACGUGUUUGAUGACCAUCCGUCCCUGGAUGCGUCCCUGGAAGAUUUCGAGAACAACAGCAAUUCCCAUCAGUCGCCCAUCUUCGGUCUCCCCUCCCAACAUUCCGGGUUUCGCUCCGAGGAGUCGGACGGUGAGGACGAGGAUGCGACCCCCCACGUGGAGCGCUGGUCGCCGCCGGGAUUUCGCAGGUAUGAUUAUGUGCAGGGGAGUGGGUGGUACCGCCAUCAGCCCUAUUCGCGCAAGAUCGACCAUGACCGUCUGGCGCUGAAGCCGACGGUGGGCCUGAGCCGGUCGCAGUCGCGCGAGCCGAGUCCUCAGUAUGAAGAUGCACUCGAGGGCCACACGGCUGUGAAUCGAAGCACGUCCGCAGAUACGGGGGAUGUUACGAUCGCUGCCAAUGUACCGUUGCCAGCUGAUGCAGACUCGCCGCAGAAGGGUCGGUCUCCCAGUCCCGGCCCGGCGGCCAGGACGAGCCCGAACCCGGAUGGAUUGGACUUUAGGUCGGAGAAUCACUUAAGCAAUUAUAUCCGGUUUGCUGUGCGCGCAGAAGUCCAGCACCGUGAACCCUUCGUCGCAUCGUUUAAUUACGUGCGAUCCAAGUUCGACCGUGUCACCAGCUCCAAAUCCAGUACCACGUUGUCCAUCGUGAUUGCGCUGCUCUCCAUCGCGUUCAUGCGCGCUUUGUUUUUGCCCAAUGUCCCGCAAUCCAUCCCGGAUCUCGUGAAGCUGUCGGGAUUCGCGCGGUCAUUCGAGCCAUUGAUCUAUUAUUCGGAGAACGGCGUGCAGCAAAUUGGGACCUUACAGGAGACGGGCGUCGCCGUCUGGGAUCUGAGUGAGUCGGUGCGUGGGACCAAUAUGACCAGUGCCCCGAUCAUUGUGCGCCAGCUGGAUGAACUGUCGGAGUCCUUGAAGUCGCUCUCCCUGGAGCUGACGCGCUUCUUUGCCAAUGUGGACUCGGACGUCGACUCGAUCCUGAUCGUCAUGGAUUGGGCAAAGCGGGAGCUCGAGACCUUGUCAUCCCAGCCGCCGAGCUCGCUGCCCUCGAUCGUCUUUGACAACGUGCACGAUAUGCUCUCACGGCUGGGCCCCCUGGAGCGGGUGACAGUCCCCAGCGGCGAAACAGGAGGCGAGGUCACCGCUGCAACUACGCCUACUGUGUACGGCCACGUCGUCACGGCCCUCCUCGGUCAAACCUCUGCGCAGCGCACGCGCGCAACUCUCACGCGGACUUUUACGGAGUUCCUAUCCGUCCUGGAAGAAUCCAUCAACAGCGAAUUGACCCACUCGACCUCGCUCUUUGCGCUCUUCGAGUCGAUCGAUCGGCAGUUCCUAAACCUCCAGCGCACGGUAGUGCGGGAGUCCGACGCCCAGGAGCGCGCGGAAGGCGAGAUGCUCAGCUCCCUGUGGACUCGCGUUCUCGGGCCCGAUGCGGCUAUCGUCCGUAAAUAUGAGAAGAACAAACGCCUCCUCGCCAACGUUCGUAGUCGUACCGUUGCCAACAAACACCUGCUGAUGGACCACCGUGGCCGCCUGCUAACCCUCAAAGUCAACCUCGAGACUCUCCGACGCAAACUCGUUAGUCCCCUUGUUCGACGGAACGAUUCUGUGAGCUUUCUUGGUGCCAUCGAAGGCGCCAGUGGCCGCAGCAAUGGUCGAAUGCUGGGGCCCGUGGAAGCCGUGAUCGAGGGCCAGAUCCGCGGACUCGAGGGCAGCCACGAUUAUUUGCGAUCGGUUCGGGAGAAACAGAAAGCCAAACUAAUGGAGAUGGUGUAUGGAUCAGGCCGCAAGAUACCGUCCACAUCAAUGCUAGCAGACGGGUCGGGUGAUUCACCGGAAAUCGAAGAAUUGUAA